GUUCUGAAGAAAAAAACCGAUAUUGCAAUUGAAAGCGAGCCGGGCGAAUCGGGGAGCGCCGUUUCGGCGCGUGCGCAGUGGGGUCGGCAGGUGGCGAGUGUUGUUCGGUGCGAGAGGGAGGCGGCAAGAUGGCGGCGCCCGGGGGCUCCGCUGCCGCCACGGCGCUGAAGGGGUUAAUCCAGCAGUUCACCGCCAUCACGGGUGCCAGUGAAAGCGUAGGCAAGCAUAUGCUUGAAGCAUGCAACAAUAAUCUGGAAAUGGCUGUUACUAUGUUCCUCGAUGGAGGAGGGAUAGCUGAGGAACCCAGCACUAGUUCUGCAAGUGUAUCAAGCCUCCGGCCACAUACAGAAGAUGAAGUAAGAGCACCAAUUCCACAAAAGCAGGAAAUUCUGGUUGAACCUGAGCCAUUAUUUGGAGCUCCAAAAAGACGCAGACCUGCUCGUUCAAUAUUUGAUGGGUUUCGAGAUUUCCAGACAGAAACUAUUCGUCAAGAGCAAGAAUUAAGGAAUGGAGGAGCAAUAGACAAGAAACUUACCACCCUUGCAGAUCUCUUCAGGCCUCCAAUUGAUCUGAUGCAUAAAGGGAGUUUUGAAACAGCCAAGGAGUGUGGUCAGAUGCAGAACAAAUGGCUCAUGAUUAACAUACAGAAUGUGCAGGAUUUUGCCUGUCAGUGUCUUAACCGUGAUGUUUGGAGCAAUGAGGCUGUGAAAAAUAUUAUCCGGGAACACUUCAUUUUUUGGCAGGUGUAUCAUGACAGUGAGGAAGGACAAAGAUACAUACAGUUCUACAAAUUAGCAGAUUUCCCAUAUGUCUCUAUUCUGGACCCUAGAACAGGGCAGAAGCUAGUGGAGUGGCAUCAGCUAGACGUAACUUCUUUUUUGGACCAAGUGACUGGGUUUCUAGGGGAACAUGGACAACUAGAUGGACAUUCUACCAGUCCUCCCCAGAAACGUACUCGCUCUGAAAGCCUCAUUGAUGCAAGUGAAGAUAGCCAGCUGGAAGCUGCCAUCAGAGCAUCUCUACAGGAAACACAUUUUGACUCUGACCAAGUCAAGCAGGAGAGCAGGUCGGAUGAAGAAUCUGAAUCAGAGCUUUUCUCUGGAAGUGAAGAAUUUAUUUCCGUUUGUGGUUCAGAUGAUGAUGAGCCAGACAAUUCUGCCAAGUCUAGGAAGUCUCCACACAAGGACUUGGGGUGUAGGAAAGAAGAAAGUAGAAGGUCCCAGCCUGAACCCACAGCAAGGACUGAACCUGAGGUGAUAACAAACCAUCGAGAACUGUCUUGCAUGGAUUCUGGGGUGCUAGAGGAGACAGGGGCAAAGCCAGAAGCUAUUGUGAAGGAGCUGAAUGUUAAUGGACCAAAGGCACAGCUAAUGCUAAGGUAUCCAGAUGGGAAGAGGGAACAGAUUUCACUGCCUGAACAAGCUAAACUUCUUGCUCUCAUCAAACAUGUGCAGUCAAAAGGAUACCCUAAUGAACGUUUUGAACUCCUCACCAACUUUCCCCGGAGGAAACUUUCCCAUCUGGACUAUGAUAUCACAUUACAAGAGGCUGGCCUUUGUCCUCAAGAAACUGUCUUUGUGCAAGAAAGGAAUUAGUUCUCCCCGUGUCAUCUUUGCCUAUUGUACUAACUCACGAAGUACAUGGUUUGGCUCCAUGAGAUCACAGAGUUGAAAUGAGGCAGCCAUUUGCUGACUUCUCUCUUUUCCUAUAUAUUCCCUUGGCAAGUGGUCCACAGCAGGAUAAGUUUACUUGGCUGUGAUGUUGGAGGAGAGCAUACAUGCUUCAGUUGUUCAAGGCACACCUGCCUCAAUGAUUAAUUGUUGUUUCAAAAUAGAAAGGGCCAUCUGUAUGUUCAGCAUGCUGGGACAGUAAACAGCCGGAACAAGAAAUACUUUUUCCUUUUCCCGCAGAAAAAAAAGUCUAUUUUCGUUAAUAUAUUUUAUUUUUCAAAGCAUCAUCUGACAAGACAUUAUGGGCUUCUUCAGGCAACCUUCUGAGCAUGGGCUAGGUACAAAGAAGCAGUCUUGUCUUCCCUCUGACCUUUGUAGGAUUUGGUUUUCAAGUAAGCAUAGCAUUUCCUCAAUAUGCCAAGAGCUGCUGAAAGCUGAAUCCUGCAUGCCGUAGGUGCAUACUGCUAGAUUGCUAUAAAUGGAUGACAGCACACUGGCUUUUCAGACACACAGCACAUGCAUAAUUAGUUGCGUGAAGAAAUCCUAAAUCUUGCCUACAUUUGAAAAUCAAAACAGAGUUGUAAAUCCAUUGCCUUGUUUCUGUUUGAGAGUUACAGCAAGCACUUCCAAGAAAGAGCAUAGACAUGUGCAACAUUAGAACAGUUUGUGUAACCAGUAGAUCUAAUGUAACUUAACUCUUAACCCUUCAUGCUAGAAUGAGAAUUGGAGGACUUCCUAUUUCCUCUUCAGAAUUAAAGAGGAGACCAUGGGGCUAAUUUCUCAUCUAUCAGGAUUUUACCAUCAGUGAAAUAUGGCAAGAUACUGACUAUGAAUGUAAAGCUGAUUAAACCUUUUAUGUCAAAACUAAAGCUGUUUCUGUUUCACCAUGCUA